AUGGUUUCGCGGACAACUGAAGCGCCUGAGUCCGACAGGGACGUCACGCUGCCUGAGCCUCAGUCCAACGUGCAGCCCGAGCCAUACACGAAGCACUUCAAAAACAAGCAAGUCUCAAAGUUUGUGGAGCCGUGUGCGGAUGCGUCCAAGGCGUCCAUGGAUUGUAUGAAUAAGCAUGACUAUGACCGAGACAAGUGCUUGGACUAUUUCCAAGCGUACAGGGACUGCAAGAAAGCUUGGAUGGAACAGCGCAAAGCUGACCGUAGAGCCGGCAAGGUAGUAGCCUAG